AUGGGAGUGACUCCUAGGGAGAAGGCGGAGUUGGCUUCCUACCAGCUCAAGGAUGUAGCUACAUUGUGGUUUGAGCAAUGGAGGGAUGAGAGACCCAUAGUGGCUGACCCAAUAGAUUGGGGAGUAUUUAAGACGACCUUUCUUGAUAGGUUUUUCCCCUUAGAGUUGACGGAGCAAAAGUUGGUUGAGUUCAUGAACCUACGUCAAGGCUAUAUGAGUGUGAAGGAAUACUCUCUCAAGUUUACCCAACUCUCUCAGUAUCCUCGUACUUUGGUAGCAAAUUCUAGGGCUAGAAUUAAUAAGUGUGUGAUGGGGGUUUCCGGUUUGGUUAAAGAAGAGUGUCGUACAACCGUGCUCCAUCAUGAUAUGGAUACCUCUAGGCUCAUGGUUUAUGCUCAACAACAUGAGGAGACAAAACUUAGGAAGAUGAAUAGACACAUGAAGAGGGCUAGGCCGGAUGAACAAAACCAAUCUAGGGUGUCUAACCCUAAACCUCAAAAAGGGAAUGGAGGUGGUUCUACUUUAGAGAGGACUAGGUGUGCUACUUGUGAAAAGCAACAUUUGGGCAAGUGUCUUGCCAGCACGGAUGGAUGCUUUGGAUGUGGGAGUAAGGGUCAUAGGAUGAGAGAUUGCCCUACUCUUAAGGCAGAAGGAAAAGAGACUGAUCAAGUUGCUCAUGAUGGCCCGGAUCCAAAUGCUCCUAAGAGGAACCGUUUCCUUAUGCUUCAAGCCAACAAGGAUAAGGGAACAAAUGAAGGUAAGUCAAUUUUCUUUGUUGUUUGA